AUGCAACGCCCCAUCGCGCGAUAUUACCAUGCUAUACGUUAUGCUGAAAAUGAUGAAGAUCGAGCGGUGAAUCAAGGUGAUUUUGAACCGAAUGUUGUAAAUGUUAAUCAAAAAUAAAUAAAAGGUGCAAGCGAUCAGACAAAUAUUUUUCGGGCUGAAACCAGUCUGAAUCUUGAGAUUUUCAGCAGUUCUGAAAUUUUUAAAAAUCGAAUGUCUAUAAGUGUUCAGAAGGUUCGAUUUGGGGUAUCAAAAUUCUACGAUUUUCAAGCCCGUUAAACUUCGCCAGGCUCAGCAAACCUUUGGCGGCAAACUCGUUUUUCGCUACAGGCAGUGUUCUACUAUUCUUCUCUCUAAACCUACAGUACCUUUUUUCCUUCCCUUUCCCUCAAAAGGAAAAAUUCCACAGGUGAAAAACAAAUAAGCUAUGUACCUCUAGAUCUAGGUUGUACUGUUUGAUCAGCUUUUUCUUUUUUUUUCUCCCAAAAUUCCCUUUCCCAUAUUAUAUAUAUAUUAUAUAAUCAAAUCAAGCACCCGCGUCGUUACAGUAAUAAUUUUCAAUAAAAAAAAAAUAAUCGAUUAACCGGGGCGCGCCGGUCCUACCAUUUGCACACGCACACACACAACGACAUUUUAUUGUUUUUAUUUUGUGUGUGUCACCUUCUUCUCCCGUUUCUUCUCAAUUUUUGCUAAAUAGAAAGAAAAAGUUUUGUUUUGCGGGGGCUGACGGUUUCCGGACUGCUGGUUUUAUAAAGUUCAAUACUUUUGAUAGGUGUUUGUUAUCAAUAUGGAAGGUACUACCGUACCUAAGAUCCUACUUGAUCUUCUUACCAGAGGAUCUACUCCUGAAGGAGUCUAAAUACUCGUCAACCUCACCUUAAAAGAGGUUCUUAAAAAGAACCUGCCUACGUUCCUACUUAUCUUUUUUCCUUGCUGAAUUUAGAGCCGCGACAGAGCUACCCGCUCUAUGUCACCUACUAACCCCUUGAUUCUUCCAGGUUUAUGCGAAAAGCGCACCCAUUUUCAAUUGUCCUCUUCUGAAUCCUCAUCAAGCAGUUCGAUUUUUGGCGGUUUCAGUGGAAAUAUGAGCGGUGUUGACGUCGAAGGACCACCCGAUGCCAAAAGAUUUCGAAUUGAUGUUAACACACAGGUAAGAACCACAUCUAAAAUAUUCCAACCUCACUUGAUUAAUUUCAGGUUUCUUGCGAUGCUCCGUCAGUUUCAACAGCUUGUUCAGCAGCCACUCCAUUAGCUGGCGAAGCACAUCAAGAAGGUCAAAGUCCAGCCGCUCCCUCAUCAGCCAGUUAUCGAUCUUCAAAUGGAAGUGUUGUCUCAAAUUCAGAUAGUCCAAAUAAAGAAGAAGAUAUUCUACUCAAUGAUGAAUCGGAAGGAAGUUCAGUUGGAACUGGAAGCACUGUCAGUGGACUCAUGGGAUCGCUGAACACAUCGACUAAUUCAAGUGCGCCAUGCGAUCUUUUGGAUAUGUUGAGUAAAACAAUGUUGAGUGGUGUUUUUGGAGGCGGAUUGGUGGAUGAUGUCGUGGCGAGACCAUCGAAUUUGUUGAAAUCGAUAUCGAGUUCGCCGACGCCAGUGGGACAAGGUAUUCCAGGAGCACUUGCAGUUGCGCAGACACCAGCUGCAGCACUUUUUGCAGAGGUAAGUGAUGUAGCUCUUGAUCUAGUAGCUAACAAAACUCUCGUUCCAGGAUGAUUGGAGUUGGCAUCGCAACCCGGCUGCCUCAAUUCGCAGCGGUGGAACCAACAAACAAACACCGGUCUGGAAAUAUUUUGUCUAUAACAAAUCUGAAAAUUUGUCUCGUUGUAUUGUUGGCGAUUGUACUUAUAUGCUAAAAGGUCCACACACUUCAACAUUGGCUUGUCAUUUGAAAAAACAUACUGUAGAAUAUGCGGAGUUUCAGAAAUUGAAAAACGAAUAUUCGAGAAGUAAAAUGGAAAUUCAAGCGAAUCAACCAAAGGUUUGUUGAAAUUCUGGAUAACUUAUGAGGCUUAUUCAAUAAUCCUUGGAUAGAAAAAAGGUUCUUCAAAAAAUCGGAAGCUAAUCUGGGUUUCAGGAAAAAGCCAAAUAUUUUUUGAAAUUUAGCUGUUUCGAAAAUUCUAUAUUUUUUCCAUAGAUUUUGAUUUUUUCGUACAUAUUUCGAAGCAAAAAAAACUAUGCAUGAUAAAUUAUUUUCCUCAAUCGAAAAUAAUUUCAGGAUUCGCCACAUGAUUCAAUUUCUCCAUCUGGAAUGGAUCUUUCAAUGCCUUCAACUCAACAACAUCAACAAUCUCAACAAAAACCACCAAAAGCACCCAAGAAAGAAUCCCUUCCAUCUCCACCAAAUCAUAUGAAUUUCCUAUUUCGUCCACAAAUUCCACCAUCUUCUAAUAAUUCGACCAAUUCAAACAAUCCAUCACAUCAUCCAGCUCCAGCACAAAUGCUUCAAAAUAUGAUGCAACUUCAACAAAUGAUGUUUAUCUCACCAUCAGCUGCGGCGAAUUCGGCGGCUGCGGCAGCCGCUGCCGUCAAUUCUGCAGCAUUACAACAAGCUGGAUUACAAUUGGCUGCAAAUGGACAAAUUGUGCAAUCGAAAAAAUGGCGAGGAGAUGAUAAAAAACAACGAGAAAUGCAAAUGAGAUUGGCGAUGGCGUUGUCCACGUCACAUGUUGGAUUUGAGGUUUUGGCGAAUCCGAUGUGGAGGGAUUUGAUGGAAAUUGUGCAACCGAAGUUUAAUUUUCAGGUGGGAUCUGAUUUCAAAAUUAGAAAAAACUUCAAUAAUUUUUCCAACAUUUUAUUUCCAGGCUCUAACUCAAACUGAUUUGGAUCACACAAUAAAUUCAAUCUCAGCUCGCCUUUAUCAAACCAUCAAAAACCUUCUAAACAAUUCAAAAUCAAUCAAUAUUUUAGUAGAUGUUUCACCGAAAACAUCUCAAGAAAUAUCUCGAAUAACAAUUUCAGCUGCAAUUCCAACAAAUAAUAAUUAUAAUGAAACACAAGUAAUAUUACUUGCCUCAAGAAAUUUGUCGCAAAAUUCCGAAAAUCCAGCAGAGGAGAUCUCAAAAACAGUGGAACAAGUGAUAACAUCGGAAUUUGGAGUGAAUUUUGAAAUGAUCAAUCGAUUUGUUUGUUCGGGUUUGAAGAAUUAUGUUGGAGAAGAUUGUUUGAAUAUUUUGGAUAAACAAAUUGAGGCUUUUGGUAGCCAAUUAUUGAAUUGUUUUAUGAAUUGGUUGGAAAAUAGUCAAUUUGUGGAUUCGAUUAGAAAAUCUAUGUUUACUAUGAUUUUUUCGGUUAUUGCUAAUCAAACUGCACUUCAGAUGGCAACAAAGCUUAAUUGUGAGUUGGAGAAAAUGAGAAAAGAAAGGGGAGGGCUGACUGAGUAUCUAAUGUAGAUGUAAAGUGCGAGUGUAGGAAAAUUAUUAGAGUUACUGUAGAAAAAAUCAGAAUGUGUUCCUGUUGAAGUUCAAAAAUGCGAUGGAGCGCAUUUUUUCCUUUUAAAAAAAUUAAAAAUUUCAAAUUUUUGCAGGUGGUAAAUUCGAUAUUCCAAUAACUGAACCAUUUCCAAUUUUAAUCGAAACAAUAUGUACAAUGCGGGAAUGUUUCAAACUUCAUCAAAUCGAUGGUUUUGUUGGAAUGUCAGAUUCUCAAUGGACCAAACUUGCAGCACUUAAUCAAUUCUGUAAUCUUUUCAAAUCAUAUAUCACAUAUUCAAAUUGUAAUUCUGAAAUUCACACAAUCGAUACAGUUGUUCCAUUUCUUCAACAAGUCAAAAAUGCGUUGGAAAAAGAUAUUUAUAAUUUGGGAAAUGAAAUGGCAAGCGAAUUGAAAGAAUUGAUCAAUGAAAAAAUGGCAUUUAUUUUGGAUAAAGAAUGUGAAGAAUAUGAUUCGACUUAUAUUCAAGCAACAGCAUUAAAUCCACAACUUGCCGUGAUUCUUAACAAUGAACAAAUUGAAAUGGCAAAAGAAUUGAUUGAACAAGAAGUUGCAAAGAAAAAACGAAAAGGAAAAAAUAAAAAAAUAACACUUGGAGUUGAUUCGAUUUUGGCAAAUGUUAUAAAAAGUGAAGGAAUGAGCAAUAUUUAUAGUGAAUUGUUUCAAAAUAUGGCGGCAAAUCAAAGAGAAAAUGAGAAAAAUGAAGAGGAAUUGAAAGAAAAUAUUGUUGGACAAUAUUUUGAUGAGAUUUCGAGCUCGGUAAGAAGAUUAUUUUUUUUUUUUUUUUGGGGAGAAGGGAUUAGCCGACUGAAAUACGGGUUGACCAAAGUCUUAUAAAAUUUCUAUUGGGCGAUUUUUGAUUACUGUAGAUCAAAUUUACCCCCAAAAAUACACGUGAAACAUUUCAAAUGUUGAACUUUAAUUUCCAGCUUGAGGUAUUGUGAUAUCUAGGAUACUGUAGCUCAUAAAAAGUACAAUCAAAAUAUUCAAAAUUGCACCAAAUUUCUUUUCAGAUUUUUUUGCAUAAAAGUUCUGCCAUGCGCCUUUGAAAUGCCAGGGUCACUAAAUUUUGCUACCAUGAAAGUUUUUUUGAGAAAAUACUUGAGGCGGAAAAUGUUCGGAUUACUGUAGUUCGAUUUGAUUUAUAAACAACUUGAAUUUUCAAACUUCAAUCAACUUUUCUCAAAAAUCGAAAUGUUUUAGACUCCUGUCGAAUCAAUCUUCAAUCCUCUUCUCAAUCGUUCAUUCGGUAAUCCAAUGCAAACUCCAAUGUUAUAUUGGAAAUCAUGUUCCUCAAAAUGUCCGGAACUUGCCGAAUAUGCUCAAGAACUUCUCUCAAUUCCAAUCUACACUUUAACAUCUGAAAAAUGUCAUCAAUUCCAUCCAAAUCCUUCGCCAUAUCAUCAAUUGAAUCUGAAUAUUUUGGAACAACAACAAUGUUCGGAUCAAUUUGAAAAACAAACAUUACUUCGGCUAAAUCGACAAAUUGUCGCAAAACUUUUGUAG